AUCAAUUACUCUGCAUCAUCAUAUGAGACCUUAUUCCCCUUUUUGAUAUCCAAAAAUCCCCAAAUCAGUGUACAUUAUCUCUCAAAGCUCAAGGUUUAACAUCGAUCAUUCUCAAAGCUCAAGGUUUAACACAACAGGAAAUUUGAAAAUGGAUAAGUCUUGGAUGCGUUGUACUGACACAUCAAGCGAUGUUUAUAUAAAAGGAGUUGAUAAUUUUCUUCAAUUUGCUUUUAAGCACUCAGAAGUCGAUGGUGAAAUUCCUUGUCCUUGUACGCUAUGCAAUAAUGUUUUAAAUGGGUCUAGAGCUGAUGUCAGGGAACAUUAAAUAAUUAGCGGGAUAGUCAAAAACUACACACGUUGGCUUCAUCAUGGAGAAUCUGCAGCUGAAAAGCAAACCAUUAACCAGAACGAAGAAGGAAAAGAGCAGGGUGAUCUGUCUCAAACGAAAGAAAUAGAGCAAGGUGAUCCAUCUCAAAAGAAAAGAAAAAAGAAAAGAGCGAUGUGAUGAUAUGUUUGAAAUGAUUUAUGAUGCUGCUGGUCAUGAAUUCACGGAUGAUUCUAGUGGGGUUAAGUUUAAACAAGGUGAUGCUUCAGAACCUUCUUCCAAAAUUUUCAAAUUAGUGGAGGAUGCUGCACAACAAUUUUAUCCUGGUUGCGAGACAUUCUCCAAAUUAUCAAUGAUUGUGGAAUUGUUCCAAAAUCUUUAUGGGUUGAGUGAUAAAGCAUUUGAUAGCAUAUUGAAGUUAAUUAAACGAGCACUUCCUUCCGGAGAAACUUGAGAAACUUUACCAGAGACAUUUUAUGGAGCCAAAAAAGUAAUUCAAGAUUUAGGUCUUCGUUAUGAAAAAAUACAUGCUUGUGAGAACGAUUGCAUGUUAUUUUGGAAAGAAAAUGCAAAAGCUGAAUCUUGCUUGGUUUGUGGGGAGUCUAGGUGGAAGUCAGUUGAAGGUCAAAAAACUGAUGGGGCUGUUCAAGGAAAGAUUGAGAAUAAAGUUCCUCGAAAAGCGUUACGUUACUUUCCCUUGAAACCAAGAUUGCAAAGGUUGUUUAUGUCAUCAGAAAUAGCUUCAGACAUGACACGGCAUCAUGAUCGACGUUUGAAAGAUGGGGUUCUUAGACAUCCAGCGGACUCUGAAGCGUGGAAACAUUUUGAUAGAUCUAAUCCGGGAUUUGCUGGACAUCCUCGUUAUGUUAGACUUGGAUUAGCAGCUGAUGGGAUAAAUCCUUUUGGUAACUUAAGUGUUUCUCAUAGCACUUGGCCAGUAAUUACCACUGUAUACAACUUACCUCCUUGGAUGUGCAUGAAACAACCAUAUUGCUUCUUGUCUUUGUUGAUACCUGGUCCUAAAGCUCGUGAAAAUGAUAUUGAUGUGUACUUAGAACCAUUGAUUGUUGAGUUGCGAGAAUUAUGGUAUUGUGGAGUCGAUACAUUUGAUGCUUCGAGAAAAGAGAAUUUUUGUAUGCGGGCAGCAUUUUUAUGGACUAUAAAUGAUUUUUCCGCUUAUGCGAACCUGUCUGGAUGGAGCACAAAGGGAGCUUUGGCUUGCCCUUCAUGUAACAAAGAUACUCCAUCUACUCGAUUAAAGUAUGGUCGUAAGUUUUCUUACAUGGGUGCUCGGAGGUUUUUAUCAUCUAAUCAUAAGUGGCGGAGUAAUAAACGUGAUUUUAAUGGAGAAGUAGAAAGAAGACCUGCUCCAAAAAUUCUAUCAGGAGACGUUUAAGCCAGCUGCUUACUCUAGGAGACAUGAAAUUUGGUAAGACCCAGAAAAAAAGGAAGUACGAAAAAGGUAAAGACACUCAUAACUGGAGAAAGAAAAGCAUCUUUUUUAGGCUUUCUUACUGGAAAAAUAAUUUACUACCCCAUAAUUUAGAUGUGAUGCAUGUUGAAAAGAAUGUGUGUGCUAAUGUUAUUGGGACAUUUUUAGAUAUUGAAGGAAAAACAAAAGAUAAUUUAAAUGCUCGUCGUGAUUUGAAGGAAAUAGGUAUAAGAAAAGAUUUACAUCCCACUCAAAGAGAUGGAAGAUGGUAUUAUCUAGCAGCAUGUUAUUCUUUAUCAUCGGAGGAGAAGUCUAAAGUAUGUAAGUUCUUGAAAAUGGUUAAGGUUCCAAAUGGUUAUUCUUCCAAUAUAUCAAGGUGGGUGAAGUCAGAGGAUCGUAAAAUUUAUGAAUUAAAGAGUCAUGAUUCUCAUAUUUUAUUGGAACAACUACUUCCUUUUGCAAUUCGUGGAGUCGUGCCUAAAAAUGUCUAUGAUUCUAUCACUGAGUGAAGUAUUUUCUUCAAAGAGUUGUGUUAAAAAACACUAAGGGCUGAUGUGUUGGAUCAGCUUGAAGCUCAAAUUCCAAUAAUAUUGAGUAAAUUGGAAAAGAUAUUUCUACCAAUAUUUUUUGACAUUAUGGUGCAUUUAGUCAUUCAUCUUCCAAGAGAGGCUAAGCUUGGUGGACCUGUACAAUACAGGUGGAUGUAUCCAAGUGAGAGAUUUUUACGCUUAUUGAAGUGCUAUGUUCGUAAUAAAAAUCAACCUGAAGGGUCUAUUGCAGAAGGGUAUAUUGUUGAAGAAAGUCUAAUAUUUUGCUCAAGGUAUCUGCAUGGAAUUGCAAAAGGGCAUAAUUGAAUGGACAAAAAUUAUGAAGUUGAUCGUGUUGAGACAUAUAGUGGAUUAUCGUUUUGAAAAAAAAAGGUUCUUCUUUAUUAAGAGAUACAUCGAGAGAUCUUGAAGAGUUUGAGAGAAAACAAGCCCAUCUUUAUGUCUUGAGAAAUUGUGAAGAAGUUCAACCAUUUCUACGGUAUGUUUUGUUAGCUUUGUUUCAACUCUUAUAGUUAUUGGGAUAAUACGAAGACAUGCCUUCCCCUUCUUAUAGCCUCAGAACUGUUGUAAUGCCAGUGGAUUUUGAAAAAUUUCUGUGCUGGUAUUCCAAGAUAUCCUCCACAUGAUAUUGCUGUCGAAACUCUCGUACUGCUGUUAUACUACUUUAAUAGUAAACUGCUAGUCUGCAACUUUUCUUUAUUUUUUUGAUAAGGUUAAAGUACAACCUUCUGUUAAAGUAAGUAAGAUGGAGGUAAUACAAAUGUACAAAAGUCACUGGACUUAGCUCCUUUUUGCACUUAUGUAUAAGGUCCAGAUAUUGUUUGUAUCAUUUACAAUAUUAAUUAUACAAACAGUAUAAUUGAAGGCAUCUAACCUAAUAUAAUCUGUGUUCAGUUUUUCUGUCAAAACCUCUAUAUACCCAAACUGUCUGCACAUACAUAAUAGUGUUGUUCUCCAUAUUUUCUUUGUUCAUUGAGUUUCUGUCUUUGCCUGACAUCAGUUGUUGAAGCCUUGUACACCAUACAUAUAAACAUGCAACACCUUGUACCCCAUACAUAUUCAGAAUGAUGUGUCAGAACUACGAUACAUGUUUGCAGUUUAAAAGGACGUGCUUUACUGGUUCAGUAGAGUCAUCUAAUAAGCAUCACAUGCAUCCUAUCUUUUGUAAAAUAUAUUGUGGUAAGCAUUUCUCAUGUAAUGUUGUCCAUUGUCUUGAUUCAAAUAUGUGCAAGUUACUAACUAGUGUUUCAUGGAAAAUUUUAGAGAAAAAACAGAAUGUCAAAGUGAGGUGCGAUUGAUAUAACAAACUGCAAGUAGAGGAGGUACAACAAGGACAACGGAUAAGAUAUGUGAAGGUGGUGUAAUGAUGCUUGGUAGGGGCAUAUCUAGGUGGGGGUCACCGGGUUCACGUGAACCCAUCCUCCCCUCCCUAGAUCAUAUAUAAUAGAGUUAUAUUUUUGAAAAAUAUUUAAAUAUAGAUGUGUGAAACCAUGCUCGAAGUAUUUUCAUAUGUGCACCCAUCCUCAAACUUCUGGAUACCCCUCUGAAUUGCUUGGGGAAAAAACAUUCCAACUGUCACAAUAAUUAUUGAGAAAUUGCAUCCAGAUAUUGUCCUCUUGUUAACAUCUUUCACUUAUUUGCGUGUCUCCAGAAAAAAAUGUCUGUUCACUUAGUCCUCCACUUACCGAUUUGCUUCUUGAAAGUUGUUUUAGACAUCCUUUCAUAUUUUUUUUUUUAAUAAAACAAAAACUGGUGAGAUGCAUAGCAUCCACGAGUUGAUGAUUUAUGGCGACUACUGAUUGAACCACAUUCCUGUAUCUCUGUGUUUCAUUCAGUUGACUGAUUCUUUAGAUGAUUUUCCAGUAACUGCCUUAAUAUGUUAUUGAAAAAAAUAAACAAAGAGACGUGCACAAAAAUUUGUAAAGGCUCCGUGAGCUUCUUAAAUGCUUUAGAAUCCUUGCAGGUUUGGACGGAAUUGACAGGAGUGCUUAAGCAAGAUUUAGGUUAAGAAUAGAAAGGUAAAAAAUGGUUGAGGGUUGUCUCACUCCCCAACUUCCAGAGUGGUUCAUGACUAAUUGAGUCUACGUGCAGCUCCCCGUCUCUAUCACAGUCGGUAGGAUCAAUGUGAUGAACAACUUUCCUCCCUUAUCUUUUUCCAAUUGACCCUAAACUUCUAAGCUCACUAGAUUGUCUGACAGUCAUGUUAUUGGCCUUUAAUUUUGUGGUUGUUCCUCUUUUAUAUCUAAUUAACACUCAUUUGUAUAACGGUGAGUAUGAGCAUCUAAUUAACACUCAUUUGUAUAACGGUGAGUAUGAGCAGAACAGUAAAAAUGAGAACGUGAACUUUUAUGAUUGAUUUUCCUAUCGAGUAAGUUUUUGUUGUAUUUUAUAUUAAAUUUGUAAUAGUUAUUUAUUAAUUUUUGUUGUAUUUUAUAUUAAAUUUGUAAUACUUACAUGUUAUUAUUAAUUAAUUUAUUUUUUAUACAGAUUGUACAAAUGCGCAAAGAAGGAAAUCCACUAGCAAGUUGUGAAUUGUAUUCUUUGGUUAGAGGUCCUUUUAAUGGGGUCCAAAGAUUCAAGGGGUAUGAAAUAAAUGGUUUUAGAUUUCAUACUAAACAACUCGAGGAAAAGAGGAAGAGGCAAAAUAGUGGGGUUCCAGUAAGAGGAGUAGUGAAAUGUCAAAAUAUCAAUUACUAUGGUGUUCUAACUGAAAUAGUUGAACUUCAAUAUUUCGAUGGUAAACGUAUUGUGUUGUUUAAAUGUGAUUGGUGAGAUGGUGAUCACAUCGGAAAAGGAGUGAAAAUAGACAAAUAUGAUUGUGUUAGUGUUAACACUAAGAGAAAAUUAGCAACAAAUGAGCCAUUUGUGCUUGCUUCUCAAGCGGAGCAAGUUUUUUAUGUUAAGGAUAAUCUUCAUCCCAAUUGGUCAAUUGUUCUGAAUGGUCAUUCUACUUAUUUCACUGGAGGUGCUAUCGAUGAAGAAACUUUUCAACAGAGUGUUUGUAAUGAUGUUUUGCAUACACUUGAGGACGAUGAAGACUUCAUAAAUUGGAGAAGAAAUGAUCUUGAUUCUAUUAGCUCGAAUGUUACUUUAGCUGAUGAUAUUAUUGAAGGCAGUGAAUCAAAAUUAGAUAUGGAUGAUGAAGAUUUAUUAUUGUAAAUAUUUAAAAGUCUUAUUUACUUAUUGUUUAUACUCUAUAGUCUUUUCAUGAUAGUUUGUUUGAUAAGAUUAAAUUUUUGUGUGGUAGUUGAACAUGUGCUUUGUUUUAUUUUACAAAUUUUACUUGGGUUCAUGUUCUAUUUUUC